AUGGGGCCGAACUGCCCGCGCUCGUUCAACGUAGUCUUGGCGGAGGGUAUUGGCCCGCAGCUCGACGGGGAUCUGCUGGGAAUUGGAAGUCGGGGGCGAAAGAAGUCGGGGGCGAAAGAAGUCGGGGGCGAAAGAAGUCGGGGGCGAAAGAAGUCGGGGGCGAAAGAAGUCGGGGGCGAAAGAAGUCGGGGGCGAAAGAAGUCGGGGGCGAAAGAAGUCGGGGGCGAAAGAAGUCGGGGGCGAAAGAAGUCGGGGGCGAAAGAAGUCGGGGGCGGAAGAAGUCGGGGGCGGAAGAAGUCGGGGGCGGAAGAAGUCGGGGGCGGAAGAAGUCGGGGGCGGAAGAAGUCGGGGGCGGAAGAAGUCGGGGGCGGAAGAAGUCGGGGGCGGAAGAAGUCGGGGGCGGAAGAAGUCGGGGGCGGAAGAAGUCGGGGGCGGAAGAAGUCGGGGGCGGAAGAAGUCGGGGGCGGAAGAAGUCGGGGGCGGAAGAAGUCGGGGGCGGAAGAAGUCGGGGGCGGAAGAAGUCGGGGGCGGAAGAAGUCGGGGGCGGAAGAAGUCGGGGGCGGAAGAAGUCGGGGGCGGAAGAAGUCGGGGGCGGAAGAAGUCGGGGGCGGAAGAAGUCGGGGGCGGAAGAAGUCGGGGGCGGAAGAAGUCGGGGGCGGAAGAAGUCGGGGGCGGAAGAAGUCGGGGGCGGAAGAAGUCGGGGGCGGAAGAAGUCGGGGGCGGAAGAAGUCGGGGGCGGAAGAAGUCGGGGGCGGAAGAAGUCGGGGGCGGAAGAAGUCGGGGGCGGAAGAAGUCGGGGGCGGAAGAAGUCGGGGGCGGAAGAAGUCGGGGGCGGAAGAAGUCGGGGGCGGAAGAAGUCGGGGGCGGAAGAAGUCGGGGGCGGAAGAAGUCGGGGGCGGAAGAAGUCGGGGGCGGAAGAAGUCGGGGGCGGAAGAAGUCGGGGGCGGAAGAAGUCGGGGGCGGAAGAAGUCGGGGGCGGAAGAAGUCGGGGGCGGAAGAAGUCGGGGGCGGAAGAAGUCGGGGGCGGAAGAAGUCGGGGGCGGAAGAAGUCGGGGGCGGAAGAAGUCGGGGGCGGAAGAAGUCGGGGGCGGAAGAAGUCGGGGGCGGAAGAAGUCGGGGGCGGAAGAAGUCGGGGGCGGAAGAAGUCGGGGGCGGAAGAAGUCGGGGGCGGAAGAAGUCGGGGGCGGAAGAAGUCGGGGGCGGAAGAAGUCGGGGGCGGAAGAAGUCGGGGGCGGAAGAAGUCGGGGGCGGAAGAAGUCGGGGGCGGAAGAAGUCGGGGGCGGAAGAAGUCGGGGGCGGAAGAAGUCGGGGGCGGAAGAAGUCGGGGGCGGAAGAAGUCGGGGGCGGAAGAAGUCGGGGGCGGAAGAAGUCGGGGGCGGAAGAAGUCGGGGGCGGAAGAAGUCGGGGGCGGAAGAAGUCGGGGGCGGAAGAAGUCGGGGGCGGAAGAAGUCGGGGGCGGAAGAAGUCGGGGGCGGAAGAAGUCGGGGGCGGAAGAAGUCGGGGGCGGAAGAAGUCGGGGGCGGAAGAAGUCGGGGGCGGAAGAAGUCGGGGGCGGAAGAAGUCGGGGGCGGAAGAAGUCGGGGGCGGAAGAAGUCGGGGGCGGAAGAAGUCGGGGGCGGAAGAAGUCGGGGGCGGAAGAAGUCGGGGGCGGAAGAAGUCGGGGGCGGAAGAAGUCGGGGGCGGAAGAAGUCGGGGGCGGAAGAAGUCGGGGGCGGAAGAAGUCGGGGGCGGAAGAAGUCGGGGGCGGAAGAAGUCGGGGGCGGAAGAAGUCGGGGGCGGAAGAAGUCGGGGGCGGAAGAAGUCGGGGGCGGAAGAAGUCGGGGGCGGAAGAAGUCGGGGGCGGAAGAAGUCGGGGGCGGAAGAAGUCGGGGGCGGAAGAAGUCGGGGGCGGAAGAAGUCGGGGGCGGAAGAAGUCGGGGGCGGAAGAAGUCGGGGGCGGAAGAAGUCGGGGGCGGAAGAAGUCGGGGGCGGAAGAAGUCGGGGGCGGAAGAAAUUAGGAAGAUCAAGGAUAAAAUUGAUACUGAGUUUGAAGAAAAUGGAUCUAAAAUUAAGCUGAACGGAGCGACGUGGAUGAAGCGCCGCAACAGAGAAGGAUCAAUGUUCACAUUAGCAGUGGCUGGACUAACAGAUUCAAGCAAUGUCACAGCACUACCUUUGGCAAUAAUCAAAGGAAUAAAUGACGCCGAAUAUGAGGACACGUUCAAUGACACUGAUGAUUUGCCACUACCUGCAUUGCUGUCAGAAAUCAACUGUGAUAUUCUCAGUCGGUGUGACUAUGGAAUGUACGCAACAAUAGAUGAUGACCUUGUUACAACUGAAGAGCAAACUGAAGACGAAAUUACAAAUGAAAUAAAGGAUCAGGGACACAGUGGCCAUGAAGAGAGCGAGAGAGAUGAUGAAGAAAACGACUAG